AGGACGGAAGUCGAGAUGGGCCAAACUAAACCAUCCGGAUAACAGAGACAAACUUGGUAGCGAGCGGAUGAACUGGUCGGAUCUUUGUUCUUUACAGCCUCAACCCUCAACCUCUUUAUAUUUUUGCGUUUCGUUACUUACAUGUCUCACAUUUAUAUCAAGAUUAUAUAAAGUACUCCUUCCCUGGACACGCAGCUUCAAGCACAGGCAUAUACUUUUUGAGCUAGCAUAUUUUCCUAGUGUUUUUAGUUCAUUCUUCCCCCACCGACAAGGUUUUAUUGGACCAAGAUAGGCGGCGCGGGCACCAAGAUGUCGAACCGGAUGGUGUGCAGAGAAGCGAGCCACGCCGGCAGCUGGUACACGGCCUCAGGAUCCCAGCUUAACGCACAACUGGAGAGCUGGCUAUCUCAAGCACAAUCUACAGCUGGUCCAGCUAGAGCCAUUAUAGCACCGCACGCUGGCUACACUUACUGCGGCGCGUGUGCCGCCCACGCCUACAAGCAGGUGGACCCCUCCAUCACUCGGAGGGUGUUCAUACUCGGCCCCUCUCACCAUGUGCCACUGUCUCGCUGUGCCCUCUCCCCCGCCGAGGUCUACAGAACGCCACUGUACGACCUGAGGAUCGACCAGAAGGUUUAUGCUGAUCUGUGGAAAACAGGCAUGUUUGAGAGGAUGAGUCUGCAGACAGAUGAAGACGAACACAGCAUUGAAAUGCAUCUGCCUUAUACCGCUAAAGCCAUGGAGAGCCAUAAAGAUGAGUUCAGCAUCGUCCCUGUGCUGGUGGGAGCUCUGAGUGAAUCUAAAGAGCAGGAAUAUGGCAAGCUGCUUAGCAAAUACCUGGCUGACCCUUCUAAUCUUUUCAUCAUCUCUUCUGACUUCUGCCACUGGGGUCAACGAUUCCGUUACACCUACUACGAUGAAAGUCAAGGAGAGAUCUAUAGAUCUAUCGAGCACCUUGACAAAAUGGGAAUGGGUAUUAUAGAACAGUUGGACCCCAUCUCCUUUAGCAAUUAUUUGAAGAAAUAUCAUAAUACUAUUUGUGGUCGUCAUCCCAUCGGCGUUCUUCUAAAUGCCGUGGCGGAAUUGAAAAAGAACGGCAUAGACAUGAACUUCUCUUUCCUAAACUAUGCGCAGUCGAGCCAGUGCCGAAACUGGUCGGACAGCUCUGUGAGUUACGCUGCUGGAGCUCUCAUCGUUCAUUGAGGUGAACUUUCCCAGGAGCCGCAGAGCCUCCUAGAAGACCCCAGCCCCUCCAACCCGUCCCGUUCCUGACCACGUAUCCCCAUCCUCCCCCACCUCUUCUAUAGGAAGGACAUACAAAGUUUGUCGCAGCUGGGAUUCCUAAUACAUACCCCUAAUUCAGAUGUAAUGUUAGGUACUAACCUCCUCUUCUUACAGCUUUCCCCCUACCCUGUUUUCCACGUGAGGCAACUUGGAUGAUGCUAUAGCUUGAAGUACAGCUGCAGUUUUUUGGGUGUUGCAAGGUCAGAUUUUUGGUGGUUGUUUUUUUUUUUUUUUUUUUUGUAUUGUCGGUUGGGGGGUCUUAAUGAGGCAAAAUCCACUUUUGACCCUCCAAAGGGAUGUUAGGUGUCCAAAGAGCCCUUUUGUAAUUUAAAAGAAAGACACAUUUAAAGUUUAAAUAAAGUAAAUAAAACCAUAGACAUUGGCCUCGUUUUACAAGUCUGCAUAUGUAAUCUACAUAAUGUCUCACUUAUUAAUAAAUAAUGAAAAGAGGAAGUUGACGGAAUGAAACACGCAGUGUCCACCUUGAGAAUUGUAGUAAUAGCUAUUGCGUUGGUCCUGUUGUAGUUUUUAAAGGGCUACACAAUACCCACUAACCCUCACUGUUCUGGAUAUACCAAAAAUGUUUUUCUUUCAUCUACUCUUUUAUUGAAGUCAAAUUAAAGUAUUUUUUCUUCUUAUAUUCUGUUGUUUAUUUUCUCUUUGUGAUUUAGUUUUCUAGUUUUACUAUGUGUUUGACAUAUCUCAAACUGUGUGGAAGCAUGUAGUAGUGUUUGAAGGCUACAGGUAGUGCAGUACAGGUGGACCCUUUUCAGACUGCCUUCAGACUGGCCAUUCUGUCUCAUCAACCCUCAAAUAUUUUAAUCGUAGGGUGAGGGUUGGUGGGAUGGAUGGGAUUUAUAUUGGGCGUUUUAUUUUCAAAUGCAAGUUAGCAGCCAUGUUUAACAUCUGAGAAGUAGUUAGUUAUACACAUCUGUAUCAAGGAACCGCCAGAGGUGGAUUUUCUGAAUGGCAUUUUGUCUGGCUUUCCUCAUUAUCCCAUCUACUCCAGGCCUCCCAAAGAGCACAAUGCAAUGAGAUAUUUCCUGGUUGACCGUUGGAAGGAAAACGGCGAGGCUCCUCUACAUCCGAUCCUCAAACAUAAAACAGACAAAGCAUGUCAUACCAUGCAGAUGUGCCUUGGGUCAGUAUUAAACAUGUUUAUUUAUUUUUUUCGGGUCCUGUGCUUUCCACCCUUCAUUAACCAACUAAAAAAUCUUGAUUGUCUCGGUUGAAUCAGUUCUUACUGUUUUCAAAGUAGGGGAAGAGAUUCAUCAUUUUCACCUAGCACAACACCUGUUCUUGUACUGUUACAAUUGUUUAAAAAAAAAUUUAUGUUAGUACUGUUUAUUAUUAUUCAAACUAUUAUUGCAUAAAGAUUAACAGUUCUCACAUUGUCAAACCUAUGUCGCAGUUAAUUGAAGCGCUCCUCAGUGGAGUCAUUUUUGAAUCUCAGGUUACAUUGAAGCAUUACUGAAUUCUCGCCAGAUAAGACUGAUACAGUAUGUUACAAAGAAACAAUAAAGUGUAAUGACAAAAUGAA